AUGGCCAACCUCCCGUCCGUCUACAUUGUCUCCGCCGCGAGAACCCCUGUUGGGUCCUUCCUUGGUUCUCUCUCUAGCCUGAGCGCUGUCGACCUCGGUGCCCACGCCAUUAAGGCCGCUGUCGAGCGUGUCCCCGAGAUUAAGCCCGAGGAUGUCGAGGAGGUCUUCUACGGCAACGUUCUCUCCGCCAACCUCGGCCAGGCUCCCGCCCGUCAGUGCGCCAUCGGCGCUGGCCUCUCCCAAGGUGUCGUCGCGACCACCGUCAACAAGGUCUGCGCAUCCGGUCUGAAGGCCAUCAUCCUCGGUGCCCAGACCAUCAUCACUGGCAACGCCUCAAUCGUCGUGGCCGGCGGCACCGAAUCCAUGUCUAACGUUCCCCAUUACCUUCCGACCCUCCGAAACGGCGCCAAGUACGGCCACCAGACCCUCGUCGACGGCGUCCUCCAGGACGGCCUGACCGACGCCUACGGCAAGAAGGAGCACAUGGGCAUGCAGGGCGAGCUUUGCGCCCAGGACCACUCCAUCACCCGCGAGGAACAGGACGCGUACGCCAUCCAGACCUACAAGAGGGCCCAGGCCGCCACCGAGGCCGGUGUCUUCGCCAAGGAGAUCACCCCCGUCGAGGUCUCGGGCGGCCGCGGCAAGCCCAACGUCAAGGUCGACCGUGACGACGAGGUCAAGAACCUCAACGAGGCGAAGCUCAAGGCCAUGCGUCCCGCCUUCCAGCCCAACGGCGGCACCAUCACCGCCCCCAACGCUGCCCCCAUCAACGACGGCGCCGCCGCAGUCGUCCUCAUGUCCGAGGCCAAGGUCAAGGAGCUCGGUGUCACCCCCAUCGCCAAGAUCCGCGGCUGGGGUGACGCCGCCCGCGAGCCCGAGCGCUUUACCAUCGCGCCCGCCCUCGCCAUCCCCAAGGCCAUCGCCCACGCCGGCCUCACCGCCGACGACGUCGACUUUUACGAGAUCAACGAGGCCUUCUCCGUCGUGGCCCUCGCCAAUAUGAAGAUCCUUGGCCUCUCCGACGACAAGGUCAACGUCUUUGGCGGCUCCGUUGCCAUUGGCCACCCCCUCGGCUGCUCCGGUGCCCGCAUCGUCACCACCCUGACCACCGUCCUGCGCGAGAAGAAGGCUAAGAUUGGUGUCGCCGGUAUUUGCAACGGCGGUGGCGGUGCUUCUGCUCUCGUGAUCGAGAACCUGCAAUAA